CCUUAUUUACAAUGAUGGCCUAGGAACAGUGGGUUAACUGCCUUGUCCAGGGGCAGAACGACAUAUUUUUUUUACCUUGUCAGCUCGGGGAUUUUAUCUCGCAACCUUUAGGUUACUGGCCCAACGCACUAGGCUACCUGCCGCCCCAAUAUACAGUAGCCUAUUUAGGGAAAAAGCGAUCUAGAUACUAAACAAAUAAAACGUUUGCAUAAUGAAGGGCUCUUAUUUUAUGUUUACACAAAGGACACAUCAUGCACGCGUUAAAUUAUGUCAUUGUGAGCUCAUUUGUUGUAUGCGCUCAAUAAAAAAUUAGAAAAUACUUUCCCCUAAUGGCCAGCAGGAUGUGCUGUACCCUCGGUAUAUUGAUUAUUCGUUUCUUUUCCAUAAUAAACUCCGCAAGUUCUCUCUGUCCAACAUACUUGUGUGCACUUUCACGAAGCUUCGGUCCUCUUGUCGAUCUCAACCUUAUAAUAACUUAAUGGCAAAAACGACAUAUCGGUGCAUACAGGAUACAACUGUCUUUGUUGUUAUCAAUGGGAGAUGAUGAAGACGUCUUGAUCAAUGCGCAAAUAGAUGAAGGUUCAAGGCACGACAGGAAAUAUACAAAAAUAUGGGCAAACUCCAAUCAAAACAUGCCUGUAAACGCAGAGAAAAUCCGGAAGGUGGUAGUUUUGCUGCCAAUGUGCUCACCUGUCAGAGAGAGCUAGAAUGUACGGACCUCCACACCCACCAAAUCAGAUUCAAGCAGCAGUCCCUGAACGAUAAGAGCCCCCUACAGGUACUGCCAUCAGAGAAGGGAGGGGAGAAGGAGAGAGAGAGCUACAUCCACAUUCCAUUCAGACAGCCCAGGAAGAGGAACAGCCACGUUGAUGACACAGAGUACAAUGUGGUGUUGGAGGAUGACACUCGACAGGAGUGGAUCUUCACACUGUAUCACUUUGACAACAGUGGUAAAGUCACCAAGGAGGAUAUGUCCAGUCUCAUGCAGUCCAUCUAUGAGGUGGUUGAAGCGUCGGCCAUGCAGCCUUCAUGUAACAGCACAGCCCUGAAGGUCAAACUGGUGGUGGCCCCCUCCAGCAGCUCCAGAACAGGGGACAGAAUAGAAGAAGUCCAGCAGGAGGAGUCAGGGAGCUCAGAGAGGACUUUUCACUGUGUGGAUGAAAACACAGAACGCAGGAACCACUACUUAGACCUAGCUGGGAUAGAGAACUAUUCCUCCAAGUUUGACGAUGCAGACGCCCCCUCUCAGGUGCCCAGACCGGAUGCCCGCUCAGACCAGCAGCGCCACUCAGUGGUGGUGGGGAAGAACUGCGGCCCUACAGAGUCCAGAGGCAGGGGCCUUUCCUUCCUCAGGUCUCUCAGGGGCCAAGCCAAGGUAGUGGGGGGAGACAGAGGAGGGGGAGGAGGAGGUAGGGAUAAAUCAAGCAAGCUCCAUGGCCACCACCCCUCUCAGCCAUACUCCCAGCCCCAACUCCCCUUACAGCACAGCCAGAGCAAGAGGCUUCGCUCCAGGGCCAGAGAGGCUGGGUCCCCCUCCAGAACCCUACUCAAUGUGCAGCGAGAGAGUGUGGUGCUGUCCAGCCUGCCUGCCUCCUCUGGGGGCUUGAUCCCCUUGGUUCAGAGGCAUGAACACCACCACCACCAUGAGCACCAUCACCACCACCACCACUAUCACCCCCCAGCAUGACUGCAGUCUGCACUCCACUCACGGAUACAGAGACUGAGAGACACACCUCCCUGUGGUUUAGCCUAUAGCUAGGGCCCUGGGUGGUUUCUGGUCAGAUCAGGUGGGCCUAAAUAUAGUAUAGGGCUGUGGGACACAAUCACUCUCCAUACUAAGGAAUAAUAGUAACUCUGUACAAAAAUUAGCUUAUGUGCCUUGUAUUGGUGACUGAGUUUACUCACCUUUCGAAGCCCUCUAGACUGAAGUUUCUUCUCAGGUUUCUAUAGAUGACCACUUUCAUUUAAUAUAAUGAUUUAAACAGUCACAAUCUACGUAUGAGAGUAAAUGCAGUAUGUUUUGUAUUGUCUGAAUUUUGAUGUAUGAAAGCAUGAUACACUUUGAUGGUGAUCAAUUGUAGUGUGUCAAUUGAAAAAAGUCACAAUCUAAUGAAGGCUGAUGCUUUCAGAUUUGGGAAGAAGAAAAAUGUAAAACAAUUUGUAAGAUGUAAUAAAGUGAUACACUUUGUUUA